AUGGAAAUUACUCGCACCACACUUGGGAUCGCAGUCGGCAUAGCUGGAACCCUAUUUUUAGGCUAUUGUGUAUAUUUCGAUCAACAAAGACGUAAGGAUCCUCUAUUCAAAAAGAAGUUAAGAGAACGCAGACAGAAGGCUCAUCAGAAUGCAUCUCGUUCACGCACUCUCGGUGGUCCAUUGCCUGACAUGAGUGACCAUGAAGCCAUGCAAAGAUUUUUCUUGCAACAGAUCCAACUUGGUGAAGAACUUCUCGCUGCUGGUGAUUUAGAAGCCGGUGUUGAGCAUCUGGGUCAAGCUGUUACUGUGUGCGGACAGACUCAGCAGCUCCUAAGUGUCUUGCAACAAACUAUGCCAGCACCGAUCUUCCAUCUACUCCUCAAGAAGCUGCCUGAGGUGUCUGAGCGCCUACGCGCUUCAAUGAAAGCCAACGGCAACUCCUUGCAAGAGGAGGAUGUUGAG